UGAUCACAACAUUUGAAAAAUAGUUUACUUAAAGUGUCGAUUUGAUGCUUGAGAAUUGAAUUCCUAUACACCUAUGGUACUUCAAAACAUCCCUUCUACUACAAUCUACGUCUUCUUUUUUCUAUAGUCUAACUGUUCUUUUUUUCUUUUCUCAUGCCCAUGUCCUUCAGUUUUUAAGAAUAGACCUACCAUUGUCAGCGUAGAAGCGUUAAAUUCGUUGUAUUUCGAUGUUACACUCGUCGGAUGUGGAUUUGUUGUGUGUGAUUUAUUAAUUGAAAUUGUAGUGUCAACGAGAAUGCUGUAGAUUUUUCAAAAACUUGGAAUAACCGCGUAAAUUUGAAGGAUGAUAAACUGAAAAUAAAAUACUUAUACGCGAUUACCCCAAGUGUCUUCGAACAAAGUGCAUACCCAGACCCAUUUAAGUACAUAAUGCGAAAAUGGUAGACAAGCUGCACAACUAUCAAGGCACUGUCGGCCAAUUACACACAAUUCGUGAUACCGUUAAAACAAAUUACGAAAAUUGGAAAGAAAAUCGAGGAAAUUUGGAAGCUAAGAAAAUCAUCGACAAUGUAUUCCGUAAAGAACAAGUCAAUCAGAAGUCCAAUCAACAGGAAGAGUUUCCUUUCGCUCAUUUGUACAGGAAGAAGACGCGAUGGGAACUGAUCAGAUUAUGCGCCACUGUAAUGGGCAUAGAAUUCACUUACUCAGCCAUAACAGCAUUUUCAGGGCCAAUUUUAUUAGAAAUUGGAGUCAAACAAAGCGUCAUGUCUUUAGUAUUCACCUUGUCUCCCAUCCUGGGAUUCUUCCUAUCGCCUGUUACUGGCUCAUUAAGUGAUCGAUGCGAGUCCAGAAUGGGACGUCGACGAAUUUUUAUAGUGAUUUUCUCAAUUUUUGAAAUUAUUGGUCUUAUGUUAAUUCCACAUGGUAAGAGAUUCGGUGAUUAUAUGGGAGGCAAGUCUACUCAUUUGUAUCGAAAUUACACUAUGCAGCAGCAAAAGAAUAGCACCAUUGCUGAAAUGAUCCUUCAGCAAGACGCCAUUACGAGAAGCUCCUCCACUUGGGUGAUAGUUUUUACAAUUCUGGGCAUUGUCGUAGGUGACUAUUGCGCCGAUGCAUUACAAAAUCCUAGUCGAGCAUAUUUACUAGAUGUAUGCAGCGAAGAGGAUCAUACACGUGGUCUCAGCACAUUCACCGUAUUGGCCGGAUGUGGAGGUACAGUCGGAUAUGCUCUGGGAUCUGUUGAUUGGGAUAACAGCGCUUUAGGUCGUUCGAUGGGAGGUCAUGUAAAUACUGUGUUCCUUCUAACAACAAUCAUGUUCACAUUUUGUGUUAUUUUGUCGAUUACGACAUUUCGCGAAGUUCCUUUAAAAAUGAUCCAUAAAGUUGAAAAGCAAUACAGAGAACAUUGCAGUAAAUAUGCUUUUUCCAACAUCAAUGAUGAUCUGGACCAAGAAGACACCGCGAUGAAAGGCGAGAAGGGAUCCGAGCAAAACUCUCCGGAUAAGGAUGGUAAAGAAGGUUCGUUAUGUUUGAACAUCGAACCAGCAACAAAAGAACAGUCGAGCCAGUCGAAGAGCAAUUGUCAUAAAGGAGACUUGCUCAAAUCAAAUCAGAAAGAUUCUCAAGUUUCACAGGAGGAAGAUGACUAUUAUGAUGAGAGCAUGCCGAGCCUUGAUGUGUAUCUAUCGUCGAUUGUUAAACUUCCAUACUCGAUACGGAUACUUCUGGUGACAAAUGUGCUAUGUUGGAUGUCACAUGUAUCUUACUCGCUGUAUUUUACAGAUUAUGUCGGCGAAGCUGUAUUCGGCGGUGAUCCAAAGGCUCCGAGCAACUCGAAAGAAAAGUUUGCCUAUGAAGAAGGUAUCCGAUUUGCGUGCUUGGGAAUGACUGUAUACUCGUUUAGUUGUUUAAUAUGCUCAUUAACGAUGGAAAAGAUAAUACGAAGAUUUGGAUUGAAGAAAGUUUACAUCGCCAACAUAACCAUCGAUACGUUUUCAAUGUUCCUAAUGUACUAUUUUAACUGCAAAUUCGCCGUAAUAUUAUUUUCAUUCGCCAGUGGCGUUUUAUAUUGUACCAUUUUCACCAUCCCUUACAUCAUUGUUGCACGUUAUCACUCAUUAAACGUGUUCGAAGUAGACGAAAACGGAGAACACGUACACUGCAAACAAGUACGAGGUCUCGGUACAGAUAUUUCCAUCAUCGGAAGCUCGGUAUUUAUCGCUCAAUUCAUCCUAUCGUGUUUCAUAGGUUUGAUAGUAGAUUGGUACGGAUCAACUCUUGCAGUACCUUUGACUUGCUGUGUACUCUCAGCUAUGGCAGUUUUGGCAUCUACUCGAGUCGUAUAUUUGGAUUUAUAAUCGUAGCGUUAAGAAUAAUGUAUAAGCUAUAUCUGUGGUCAAUAUCAAAUAAUCAAACAGGUACUCCAACUUACCUACCUAAAUGAAUGCAUUAGGCCAAAAAGGCCAUGGUCAGGUCACGAGUAAAAUUAUCGUGGAGCUAAGUAAGAUUUCCUGUGCAGCAUGUUCUUAUACUCGUAUCUCGUACAAUGUUAAAUACCCUGUAAUGGGGUUGCGAUUAUCAUGCAAUUUAAAUCUUAUGCGCAGCGUGCUGCGUGUCUGCUUGGCUGAAUACACCGUAGUAAACAUUAUACAUUUAUUCUACUUAUAUAAACAAAUACCAGCAAAACAUUCGCGCAUAUAACGACACUAAAGAUACCAGAUAACGAAAUAAUGCUCCACUCGACAUUUUUUUUUCUCUACCCAUUUUACGUUUCAUAUAAGGCAAAACGAGCGAAAAAAGUAACAUCCUUAACAACGUAAUUAGCGUUACAGCCUUUUUAGUAGAGAAAAUUGCCAUGUUACUUUGGCGAUCUCCAUUUUAAAUUCGUUACCUAGUAUUAUUCUUCUUAUAUUCGCUGUGUAAAUACACCCCGUCUUCUUGCACAAGACAAUUCGAUUAAAAUUACGUUUUUUUAUAUUCAUUUCAUCGUUAGAUAAACUACGAGUAUGUGUAGUGUGAUUAUAUGUAUGUACGUAUUAUAGGUACGUAAUCGUUUUUUUCUCUUCUCGUUGUUCUUUUUUAUGUAUGUACGUUAGCUUUACGAUAAGCUGUAUUUUAUAGAGCGACAUGCUAAUGCGUUGUGUAUUUUUAUUACAAUAAAUCCUGUCGAUAUAUUUUUUGUAAACUGGA